AUGGACCAGCAUCCGCAGACAACUUUCCUCCGACCAUCCAAAGCUAGUAAGGCCUUAGUUUUUAUUGACCCGAAGACUGGGGACCCUAUAGCCCUUCCAUCUGUGCAAAAGCCGAAUAACUCUACUCCGGCCUCCCUCUUAGUACAACCUCCUACUAAGAGCUCCAGAGCCAGCUCUCGGUCUUGUUCGGUGAAAGCAGUGAAGGAAAUCAAUGCUAUUACUUCCGCACCUAAACAGUCCCUUGCUGUAUCUGGAAGAGCCUCGCCAGAAUUGGACGCCUACGCUCGCCCGUUCAUACCAAAAUCUCUCACCAGCAUAAAUGAGUUACCCGGGCCUAAUUUCGACACGCCCCCUGUAAAGCAACUUGACUUCCGGAGAUAUAUUGAAGGAUCGCUUCCUGAUCAAUUUCUCCCACCUUCCAUCCAGCCUACGCCUCCGGAUCCCUCGUUUGACCCAGCAGUCGGCUCGCAAGAACACUAUGAACACUACUUUGAAUAUCAUAUCAGAGCAGAACUACAAGCACAGCAACGUCAAAAUGCUUCUUACGCGCUAUAUGCCCAUUAUGGCGAUACGACAAACUUACAGAUUGUGUCUUUCAAGGUCCCUGGUCUGCAAGAAAACAGUCCGUAUAUUGAAGUCGACGACGUUGUCCACCGAAAAAAUGAGACACUGUUGGUCAGACUUUCUGGCCCGAGUCUUCAGCCUCGAGAGGUGCGAUCUCAACAGCGGAAUGCCAAUUUCAAGGUCCAUCGUCUGAGGUUUAACGUUCAAUUUCCUGUCCCCAAAGAGCGGUUUUCCUCAACAUGGCUCGUCUUGCCCGCAAUACAACGAGCUCUGCGGAUGGUCAUGCAUACAAACGAGCGUCAAAUUAUGACUGUUUCCACUAGGUUAUUCAGUAAAUCCAGUAUCUCAUCUUUCUCUAAAGAUUCUCCUCAAAAUCAUCAUUGGAUCCGUUCAAUGCUUUUCCCUACAGAGGUAGAUUCUAAAUUGCAGACGUCACUCAACAACCUAUUUUUUAGUCGACUACUCUUUGAUAGCGAGCUGAACUGGGAACAAGAAAAGGCUAUUGAGAGUGUCAGAGCGCACAACUAUUGGACCCUGCCGUUUCUCAUAUCUGGUCCUCCUGGUACUGGCAAGACGAAGACCUUAGUGGAGCUUGCAAUUCAACUCGUCAAGAACGUCAACAAUGUUGCACAUAUCCUUUUCUGUGCGCCUUCCGAUCCUGCAGCAGAUACUCUUGUUCGGCUUCUAGCAUCUCAUUUCGACCCAAAUCAAAUGUUUAGGUUGAACAGAUCGUCGCGAGCAUUCACAGAAGUACCUGGCACUGUCCUUCCGUAUUGCUUUGUCUUGAAUGACGCACCUUCGCUUCCACCUUUUAAGAAACUGAUGGCGUACAAUAUUGUAGUCACCACAUGUCGCGAUGCCUCCUUACUUAUACGCACGCGAAUGACCAACUCCGAUUUGUAUGCCGCCGAACACGGCCUUGUUGCUGCUAUCCACCCAGAUGAAUCCGAAUCAUUCUCCACCAAACUUCACUGGACUGCUCUUCUCAUGGAUGAAGCGGCGCAAGCCAUGGAGCCAGAAGCCUUAAUUCCACUUUUCAUUGUAGCGCCACCUUUGGAGUCUGUCCAGCUACCAUCCACUCCCUUAUUCGUAAUGGCUGGCGAUGAUCAUCAACUGGGUCCCCACCUGUCUCUGCAAUCUUCUCCUUUAAAGAAUUCCCUUUUCGCACGCCUUUUCGCUAGGCCAGUGUACGCCGAACACCCUGUUGCACGAGCCAAGACCGGAAAGGCACCACCGAUACUCAACCAAUCCAUGCUGCCAAUGCUUCGUCCAGCUUUUGCGAAUCUCGUUCGCAACUACCGAUCUCAUCCCGCAAUCCUCGCCGUUCCAUCAUCAGUAUUUUACAAUGAUACACUUCUGGCCGAGGCUCCAGGAACCGAUCGUCUCGCUUCUUGGUCUCAAUGGCAGGGCAAGAAAUGGCCUGUCCAAUUCCAUAACAACUUAUCGCCGGAUGACAUGGACUCAGAUGGUGGUGGUUGGUUCAACUCCGGUGAAGCUCGACUUGCUUGCUGGUAUGCCGCAAGCCUGGUUCGAUCAGAACUUGUGGGGCCAAAGGAAGUUUGCAUCAUGAGUCCUUUCAAGGCACAGGUCCAAUACCUCCGAAAAGUCAUGCGCGGUAAAGAUUAUGGUGGUGUCUUCUGGGAUGUCGAUAUUGGACCCACCGAAAUUUUCCAGGGCCUCGAACGUGGUGUUGUUAUCAUCUGUACGACCCGAUCACGCGAAAAAUAUGUGGAAAAGGACAAAGAGCUUGGUUGGGGUCUUAUCGGCAUGCCGAAUAAGAUGAAUGUGGCCCUCACCAGAGCGAAGUUUGGACUAAUUGUCAUUGGAAAGAAGGAUUUACUGCUCCAGGACCCCAAUUGGAAGGCUUUUCUGGAAUUUUGUGAACGCAAUGGUUUAAUGAUUAACGAAAAUGGCCUUGGUGAGCCAGCUUAUGAUACAGAUGACAGCGUACGAACAACUCUCGAGAAGGGACUUCUGGAUAGAGAAGAAGGGCAAAAAGAACUGAAGGUCUCGCAAGCGCUGGGGGCAGGAAGUCAGAAUAACGGCAUGUGGACGUCGGAUAUGCAAGAACCGCCGAACGCGGAGGGAUACGACUUCAAUGAGCAUGAUGAGGGUGAGUAUAGUGAAAACCCAUAUGAGAUGCCUUUUGUACAUACAUGGCAGUAG